GGAAGUCAAAGAGGAGCCUUGCUUUUGUGUGUCCCUAAACUAUACACAUGGCAGAUGUGGGUGCUACGUGGGCGUUGGCGUGGCUGAUUAGGUCCUUCCGAGCGGUUUCUCGUGACCCUGCGUGAGAGUGGCAGACGACGUGCUGCCUAGGAUUCACAGGACACAGCCGCUGGCGGCGCUGCACUUGCUCGAAGGGGCUUCCCAGGGUUAGCUGCCAGUUUUUCCCGCCGUUUUGGGUCGCAGGCGGAGUUGGUUCCCUCAUUGGGGGCCGUCGCGGCCGGAGGCGGGGGUCGCAGCGGCCGCUCGGGGCGGCGCUGGGCGGGCGGGUGCUGGGUCCGCCCCGCCGGCAUCCUUGGCCUGACUUCCUUCUGCAGUGGGCGGCCGGCCCAGCUGGAGGAAGCGGCGGCGGCAGCGAUGAGUGCGGGCGACGCAGUGUGCACUGGCUGGCUCGUUAAGUCGCCCCCCGAGAGGAAGCUACAGCGCUACGCCUGGCGCAAGCGCUGGUUUGUCCUCCGGCGAGGCCGCAUGAGCGGCAACCCCGAUGUCUUGGAGUACUACAGGAACAAGCACUCCAGCAAGCCCAUCCGGGUGAUAGACCUCAGCGAGUGUGCAGUGUGGAAGCAUGUGGGCCCCAACUUUGUUCGGAAGGAAUUUCAGAAUAAUUUCGUGUUCAUUGUCAAGACUACUUACCGUACAUUCUACCUGGUGGCCAAAACUGAGCAAGAAAUGCAGGUGUGGGUACACAGCAUCAGUCAGGUCUGCAACCUUGGCCAUCUGGAGGAUGGUGCAGAUUCCAUGGAGAGCCUCUCUUACACGUCCUCCUCCCUGCAGCCAUCCUCUGCCAGCUCCCUUCAUACCGCCCAUGCUGCCAGCUCCUCCUUGCCAAGAGAUGACCCAAACAUUAAUGCUGUAGCCACUGAGGAAACCAGAAGUGAGUCAGAGCUUCUCUUCCUUCCUGAUUAUCUGGUUUUGUCCAACUGUGAGACUGGAAGACUGCACCAUACCAGUCUACCUACCAGAUGUGACAGCUGGUCAAACUCAGACCGCUCAUUGGAACAGGCUUCAUUUGAUGACGUUUUUGUUGACUGCCUGCCACCGCUCCCCUCCAGUCAUUUGGUCCACCCAUCAUGCCAUGGCAAUGGAGCUCAGGAGGUACCUUCCUCAAGGCCUCAGGCUGCCCUGAUCUGGAGUAGAGAAAUCAAUGGGCCACCCAGGGACCACUUGUCUUCUUCACCAUUGCUGGGAAAUUCCUUAAGUUCCACCAUUCAGGUAGAUAAAAAUCAAGGUUCUUUACCCUGUGGAGAAAAAGAAGUAGACAUCAUGUCCAACACUCCACCUCCCCGCCCACCGAAGCCAAGCCAUCUCUCUGAGCGGCGCCAAGAGGAGUGGAGUGCACACAGCGGCAGCAAGAAGCCAGAAUGCACUCUAGUUCCAAGAAGAAUCUCUCUCUCUGGUCUAGACAACAUGAGAACCUGGAAAGCUGAUGUAGAAGGCCAAUCCUUAAGACACCGAGACAAGCGGCUUAGUUUAAAUUUGCCAUGCAGGUUCUCCCCAACGUACCCCACAGCUUCAACCAGUACCGAAGACAGCUAUAUGCCGAUGAGCCCCCAGGCCGUUGCCUGUGGUCUUGGAACCCACUGCAGCCCUGAUGACUACAUUCCAAUGAGCUCAGGAAGCAUCUCAAGCCCACUGCCUGAGCUACCUGCAGACCUGGAACCUCCCCCAGUGAAUAGAGAUCUCAAGCCUCAGAGGAAAUCACGGCCACCUCCCUUGGACCUGAGAAAUCUCUCCACCAUCCGGGAACAUGCAUCUCUUACCAGGACCCGCACUGUGCCUUGCAGUCGAACCAGCUUUCUCUCUCCAGAAAGAAAUGGUAUUAAUUCUGCAAGAUUUUUUGCUAAUCCUGUUUCCAGAGAAGAGGAAGAAAGCUACAUUGAAAUGGAGGAGCACCGAACAGCCAGUUCCCUGAGCAGUGGUACUCUUAUGUGGACAAAGAAAUUCAGCCUAGAUUAUUUGGCUCUGGACUUCAAUUCAGCAUCACCAGCCCCUGUGCAGCAGAAACUUCUCCUUUCAGAAGAACAAAGAGUAGACUAUGUUCAAGUGGAUGAGCAGAAGACACAGGCUCUCCAGAGCACAAAACAGGAGUGGACGGAUGAAAGGCAAUCCAAAGUAUGAGAGGUGCAGGCUUGCACCAUGUGUGAAACAGGGAAGUUUGGAGCUCAGUUUGAGGCGUUUUGUUUUGUUUUGUUUUUUCUACUAAAAACAUACUGAUGGUCAACACAGGUUUAAAACCAAGAGAGAAUAUGUAGUUUUCAAGGUCUUGGCCAUAACCUUUAGGAAAGACCUGUUUACACAUUGAAGGAAGAAAAGAAGGAAGCAGUUGCCUUCUGGAGGGGGCUCUGAGAGAAUCUAGCCUCUCCCCUGCCCUAUCAGAGUGAGUGUUGCCACCAACAGGAUUAUAUUGUUUGCUUCUAAUACCUGAAAUUCUGACCUCUCUCCUGUGCUUCGAUAAGAAUGAUAAAUAAUCCUAGCAAAGGGGCAUCUGGAGACCAUCUUGUUCCAGACUCUGAAGACAGUUGAGGAGAUUGAGCCCAGUAAUGGUGGCAGAAUCUUACUCCAAAGACUUCAGCAGACUAGUCACUGCAAUCCCCAAAGAAAGGCAAGUGACAGGGGCAAUGGAUCUCAGACUCUGAGAUAAGUAUAUCAGAUGACACUGGUGGCUCUAAGGACAUUGCAAUUAAGCAGCUACCUGUAGCCAGGGAUUCUGCUGCUCUUGGCUUUUUCCCAUGCAUUGUCUAAUCUCUUCUCUGAAAGAACUUGUAAGAUAGGCAUGGAAGAGACCAUUGUUGCCACUUUGAAGGAAAGAACACUGAGAACUAGAGGAGGGAAUGCUUUGUCCAAGAUUACUCACAAAGCCGAGACCCAGAGUCAGGCUUAGAAUACAGUUGGCCAGGCUGCCAAUUGCAAGCUCAUUCCACUACCUCAUACUUCCUCUGAGGAUUUUGACAAAAUGUAUCAAUUGGGUGAGCCUUGGAGACGUGUGGGAGACACAUGCAGACACAAGAUGAGUACUCAUCCUCUCUCUCUUUCAUAGGGAUCUGAACAGGUGCUUUGAUACUUGAAAGGUAUGCAUGUCAAGUGAGCGUUUCUUUGUGCAAUGUUCAACUGGAAUUCUAUCUUCAGUAGUUACAAUUAGAAAUACCUACUGAUUGUCAGUCUGAAGGCCAUUCUCAUAGUCCCUUAUGCAGUGUGCUUCCCUGUGAGCUGGCUAAUGCUAGCAGAUGAAUUUUUACGGCCUUGGGGAAGGCAUAGGUUGUCCCUGGCUAUCAUAUGAUGGAUCCAAGCUUUGGAGUGAUAGAUAAAAGUGACCAGGAAGAAACCUGUGGAUUCCAUUCUUAGGUUUCCUAGCCAGUUGCUCCCUUCUGCUUGAGAAGUGACUAGGUACUGAGAGUACAAACACUCUCACUUCAUAAUGAGGGCAUCAUGUCACCCUUUCCUUCACAGAUCCUGGGGUAGAGGAGACUCAGAAUGAAGGUGUCAGUUGGACAUGAAGUGCUAUUUAAUGCCCAUUCUUGAUCCUUCUGAGCACCUACAGCUGGGAACUAAGCAGAUACUGUGACUGCGUUCUCUAUGAGGAUAGAUCAGAUUGGCAGUAAGGCCCAUGAUAGUCAGUGCAGCUGGGGCAGUUGUAGACUUUGCUACAGGGUUUCAGAGUUUCCAGUCACCUCGCAGGCAGGUAAAUGCCAAAGUCUUAGUUUUUCAGACCAUACAAGAACUCAUUUUGAUUUCCAAAGAAGCAGGCUCUGGUGACAUUAUUUUCUUACUUGGACUAAGUGGGGGACAUUUUACAGUAUUUUAACCGAGUUCAGGGUACUCAGUGAGCCUGGACAGAGCAAGGAGUGGGCUCCGCACUCCCAAAGUCUGCGGCCAGCUAUGCAUCACUAAACACAACCAGAGCCUGUGAGGAGCUGCCUUCUUCCUCAUGUGACUUGCAAAGAGUCUCAGGCAAGAAACCAGGGCUUCAGACUGCCAGUUCCCAUGGAGGGUAGUUUCCCCCUGUGUGGAGCACUUGUGUUAGGAUCAUUGAUUAUCUGACAAAGGCUGGCGCAGAAAAAAUUGUAGGCCCAAGUGCCAAGAACCACACCAGAUUGUAGAUAGAAAAGAACAGCUGAAAUUAUGUCAGUAGUGAAAUGUCACUCAAUUGAACCCCACAAAAAAGAAAAGAACUCUGUUACUACAAAACAUUUCUAAAAACGUAUUUAUAGCAUGAGGAACUACACACAUGGGUAGUGUGACCUGUUACUUAAAAACGGAAUGCUCUGAAUAGGCACUCUCUACAUUAAAGGUAUGGAAGGUGAUAGGGGUCAGAAUUCUAAAAAUUUAAUUUUAAAAAAGGCGACUCACCCCUCAUUUCCAGGGUGUAUGCAAUUAUGUCCUGCUUUGAUAAAACUGCUAGAGGAUGGCUGUGCAAAAGCCUAAAGAUUUAAGGAAACGAAGUACAGGUAGUUUUUGAGCUGACAGCAGCAAAGCCACCAUGAGUCAAAAUAUUGGUUUUGUUGGAGAUGAUCAAUGUGUGUGUGUGUUUCUGACCAAGGGCCUGAUGUUUGUUACAGAAAUGAUCCCAGACACCUACGAGAUGUGGGAAUCAGCAUUGUUAUGCAAUUAACCCCAUAUUGUUUUCUGUAGUUCCUUUUGUUUCAUUUUCUUCUGUCUUGUUAGAAAAUUCCUCCCAAUCAGGGGUUGUCCAGUGCAGGACAGGGUACCCAAGAGUCUCAAGCCUGCAAGUCCAGAAGGUGACAAACCCAGGAGCACUUGGAGUUAAGCUUUCCUUGGGGAAGAAGAGCCUUGAGGUCCAGCACACAGUGUGGCUAUAAAGGCAUGAAGCGACCCACCCACUGUACAGUCCGCUUCACAGCAUCAGCCAAGUCAUGACCUUUAGGUCUGAGUUGAAACUGAAGGUUCUCCUCAGGCCUGGCUUUUUCCUCAGUCCCUGUUCAUACCACCUCUGCACCCACAAUCACACUGAUUUUUCAAAUUCAUUUUGUUUUUACAAUUUCAUUUCUGGCAUUAAUAAAAGUCUUAUAAGGAA